AUGAGCGCAGACUUUUUCAGUCGCCUCGCCGAGCGGCGGAAAAAGUUGACGUCAGCCGCUCUUGACAAACGCAUGCUUCUGGUCAAACGGACUGGGCGAGAACUGAGCCAAGACAUCUCCGUCAUCGACCGUCAAAGAGUAAUGCGCCUGUCGGAAAUCGACGUUCAAAAAGUAGACGUUCUUAGGGAAAUCAAGAAGAUCAAGCGAACUACUAACAGAGCUCUCAUAAUUUCAGGCGCUUAG